CUCUGCGCCAAUCAUCGACGACACGGUAUGAUGAUGAUUCGUCCACCGUCCGGAAAUCGUUUCGAAUGCCUCGCUUCCCUCUCUGCUCUAUCUCCCAUACACAGUUCUCUUCAGUGAGAGUUUAUGAUGCGGUGCUCGUGGAAGUAACUGGGAUGUUUGCUGGCCCAAGGUUAUAAGGCGAAGGCCGGGCCUAUCGUGAUCAGGGAUAUCUCAAAACUUGCUGUUUCUGCUUGUCAAGGCUGCCUACUCAUGUGUUAUUAGUCAUCUGCAGCCAAAAGAAAUGCCCUCCGUCGACGAUGCCACGUCCCUUUCUGUCAAAUCCAACUACAUCCGAGUCCCCACUCGCUUACCCUCGACUUUUUGUGAAUGAAACCAUUCAUUUUCUUUGGGUAACCAAGGGGCCCCUAAUGAGAUGGAGCAGAGAAUGGAGCUGGAGCUCGCGAAGUCGCUGCUGAGCAGCUCCAAGACCAGACCAUACUCCUCGGAAGCAAGCACUGGGAUCUGGACGCUGGCGAUGAUCUCCGUUGCCCUGUGCGUGAGGUCUCCGCAAAAAGGUGGCUGGUCGAACAUCCCAGGAAGAUCCACGACCAAUGUGUCUUGCGAACAGUUCCUCGUCAGGGCUUAUCUCUACCCAGCUCGCACCUCGUUUCUCUCCCGAGUCUCUCGUUCUAUUUCCCGGCUGUGAUUAGUGUAGACCGCAGUCUCAACCUGUGUCAUCUUCCGCACAGACACGCCAAGUCCAUGCAUUUAUUGUGACCUCGUUCUACUCUUACAAACUUCGCGCCAAAUCGUCCUAUUACAGAAUGGAAGAAAAAGUCGUGUUUCACUGCGUCGUCGUCCUCCGCUUUUUUGAUCGUCUAAAAGACUGCCGGUUUCUCCGACCGCCGUGGCAUUGGUCUGAUUGGACGCAUGGCCCUGCUGCUGCUUUGAUGCUUGCUCCCGUUUUCUUUGCUGCCCGCUGGCAUCAUCAUCUCCUCGACUAUCAUCUGGUUCUCCCGCUGGACCUUGUCGGCAUGGGCGACCUCGUUCGUGAUGGUACGCAACGCCUGUGUUUCAGUCAUCAUUGUGGUCGACGCAAUCAUCUUCUGGCUCCAAGUUUUCUCUGCGAUCGCCAGCUGGGCGAUUCGCUUGUCCGAUGCAUGGCGCUGGCGGCAUUCCUGAACGCCAAACUCGGGUUCCAGAGAGAGGUAGAUGCGGCUCCUGGAGUUGGGCAAGCACGUCAGCUCGUCUUCGAGAACGCACAAACAAGGGCAGCGCACCAAGCAUCUCUGAAAGCUCCCUCGGACCCAUCCAACUCAUCUAGUACGGGCAUCCACUUCAGGACCUUGACGACGAAGUGACUUACGCUCGUCAAAUCGCUCCAUCCUGCGGUAUGGAGGUGCGCUUGGGCCGCUGCGUGAAUGAGGGCCAGACCGUCGACCAAGUCGAAGGACAAAGCCCGCGCGAUUGGGCUCAUGGAGGUCUUGGGAGGAGCGAGGCAGCUGUAGGGCAGUGUCAAGCGCAUUCCAAUCCACGAUGAGCAAGGCGUUACGCACCUCCAGUCCCAUCCAUUUCCCUUGCGUUCUACGUUGCGCGGUUGGCUCAGGGCCUUGCGUCGAUCGUGCAUUGCCGUGCGCAUCUUCAGCCUGGGAACGACGCAUCAGACCACCUCGACACACUGGGACCCAACGACAACAACACUUACAUGCUCUCGUGUAGGACGGUCUGCACUACCUUAUCAGCCGUUCCGUCCGCCAUUGUUGGCAGAUGUGCAAUAACGUCCGCGACGAAGUCGACCAUCGCCCCCACUCCCGGAUUCGCGCGCAGGAACGCUUGCGCGAGGAACGUCGCAGCCCACAUCAUCUGCAGCAAUGUCUGGCUGGCUGCGAUCUGAGGAUGCAUGGUCGGAAGAAUGAGAGUCUGUGAAGCUACGUUUGUCGCAUUGAUACCCACUCGGGUCAACGGCACGUGUGAACAAUGCACAACCUUUGCAGCUCCCAGUCGUGCACAGCUUGUGCUUGGUCUGGAGCGUGGAUAUAUCGCUUCGAUUCCAUCGUCUUGAACUACCGGAUGAAUCUAUAUUUCGUCGGCAAUGCGAUCCCUAGUGCUACAGCACACAAAUAAACAUAUACGGACAUUUCCGCCAACUGCAUUCCAUCUCUCUUUUGGCGGUAGUGGCCCACACGAGGGCUCAAAAGCUCGCUGCCUCGCUCCAUGUUCGUGAGUGAACGAUCGAGGUGGUUACGAACCUUUUGUCCCAAUUUGCACCCUGAUCGUGUUUUAUUUCGAUACUCUCCUCUCCCCACUCGUAUUUCUCACAAUAGAAACAGAUAUACCUCUUACGAACCUAUGUAUAUCCCUCACCCCCGGACAGCGAUGCAUCGGAAAGAGCUAAAAUUCUACAGAUUGUGUCGGAUAAUCUGAUAGAUUUUUC